AUGAAAGUCUCUCCAAAAUACGACUCCAAAAGGUUUUACCCGGUUCGAGCUGGGGAGGUACUCGCCAAUCGCUAUCAAGUCCUUGUGAAGAUUGGGUGGGGGGGUUCCUCUUCAGUAUGGCUCGCUCGUGACAUGCAUGGAUACUGCUGGGAACUGGAAACAAUUGCGACAUUGAAAAUAGGAAAUACCACUUCGCGCACUGCCGAUAAUAAACGCAACAUUGAAGAACGCAUUGCUAAGACGGACCCGUCCCAUCGGGGCCGCUCACUCUUCAGGACAUCGACAGAUUAUUUUUGCAUUGCUGGUCUGUUUGGGUCUCAUCUUUGUCUGGUCUAUGCGCCCUUGAGGGAGCCAAUCUGGCUUUACCAGAGACGUUUCAAAGAGAGGAUGAUUCCGCUUCCAAUCGUUAAGACAUAUAUCCGUGUCCGACUUACAGGCCUCGAUUACUUCCAUACGAACUGCAAGGUUGUGCAUACGGAUCUAAAGCCUGAGAAUAUAAUGGUCGGUUUCGAAGACCCUGCUGUUCUCGGUGAAUUCCUCAACUCCACGAUUGAUGAAGCAAAUUCCUACAAAAUCGACUCCAACGGCCGGCCCGUCUACUGCAGAUGCACUCCCUUUGGCCCGCUGAGGAAAGUGAUGAACAUCCCGCAAAUUGUUGAUUUUGGGUCUUCAGUGAGGCUUGAGGAGGACGAUGACUGGGGAAUAUACCCCAGCCAGCUGGAUCACUAUCGCGCUCCAGAGGUUAUACUUGGAUGCGUCUGGAGGAUAAGUGCUGAUAUCUGGAACAUGGGUGUCAUGGUCUGGGAUCUUAUACAAGGACGAGAACUAUUCCGGCACAUUCACAACCAGGACGGUACCUACAAUGCCAGAGCGCAUAUCGCGGAAAUAAUAGGCUUACUCGGACCCCCUCCGCGAGAAAGAAUCGCCAGGUACAACUCGAUGAUCGAAUUCAAGUGGCCGCAGUAG